AUGGUCCGGGCGGCGGUGUGGCUGGGAUUCCCUGAUUUUGUUCAGACCAUGAAUGUGGGGAACGGGACGGACAUCUGGCCUGCCGCCUUCUGCGUGGGGAGUGCGGUGUGGAUCCAGCUGCUCUACAGCACCUGCUUCUGGUGGCUGUUCUGCUACGCGGUGGACGCCUACCUGGUGAUCCGGAGGUCGUCGGGACUGAGCAUCAUCCUGCUCUACCACCUCAUGGCCUGGGGCCUGGCCGUGCUGCUCGGCGCCGAGGGGCUGCUCAUGCUCUAUCACCCGUCCCUGUCCAGGUGCGAGCGGGGCUUGGAGCACGCCAUCCCGCACUACAUCAGCGCCUACCUGCCGCUGCUGCUCGUCCUGCUGGUCAACCCCAUCCUGUUCGGCAAGACGGUGACGGCAGUGGCCUCGUUACUGAAAGGGAGACAAGGUGUCUACACGGAGAAGGAGAGGCGGAUGGGAGCCAUGAUCAAGACCCGAUUCUUCAAAAUCAUGCUGGUUGUCGUCGUCUGUUGGUUGUCGAACAUCAUCAAUGAAAGCCUUCUCUUCUAUCUGGAAAUGCAACCGGACAUCAACGGAGGCGCUUUGAAAUAUGUCAGAAAUGCGGCCAAGACCACGUGGUUUAUUAUGGGCAUACUGAAUCCCUCCCAAGGGUUCCUCUUGUCGCUGGCCUUCUACGGCUGGACCGGAUGCCGCCUGGACUGCCCCGCUUCCAGGAAGGUGGCACGUGUGGGCGGGCACACGUCGGACGAGGCCCUGAGCAUGCUGUCUGGAGGGUCUGAUGCCAGCACAAUCGAAAUCCAUAUUGCAAGCGGGUCCCGCCAGGCGAACGAGGUUGAAGGUGUUCCCAAAAUCCAGGGAGACCUGUGAGAGAGAAGGGGCCCGCCCCCCAUCCUCCGCUCUACAGCCCUUGUUCCUCAGAAGUGUUCUCACCUUCCCAGCGCCUCUGUCAAGGUGUCCCUCCCCCCAGGCUCACUCUCAUCACCAUGUCAGAGCAUCUUCCCGAGGGUCCUCUUUGUGAAAAGAGAAGCGACGUGCUUGCCCUUGGGAAUGGAAGAGUGCCUUGUAGGCCAGUGACUUCCGACCUCUGCGCCACAGGAAUAUGUACAACACGCAAUACCUGACUGUUUAGUCAGGGGCGCCACCCCUUUCCCUUAGUUUGUCAAAUUAAAAAAAUGACAACAGUGAACACAAUAGCCGUCGGGUGUCAUUGAAUCAAAAGUAUGGCUAUUUUCUUUGUCAGAUGGGCAAAAUAUAUAUUUUGGGGGGUCGCCGCCGAAUUUUAUGUGCCACAAGGUGAAAAGGUUAAAUAUCACUGCUCCAGACCGAAUGCUCAGCAGCUUCUGUACACGCUGUAAUGUAAUGCCACGUCCAAGUCCCUGGGAAGGUUAAUAAAGUCAUUGAAACCAGG